AUUAUGCUGCUUGAAGUAUUCCUGGUUCUAGGGACAGUCAUCAUCUAUUUCUUUCUUUCUAAGAAGAAAGAAGAGACAUUACCCUUCAAAGAGGGAUGGUGGGGCAAGGGGCAAAAGCCUGACACUGAAGAAGAUACAACUAUUUGGCCAUUUAAGGUGGAAACCACAGAAGAAGAGCUAAGCGACUUAUUUAGGAGACUUGACCAAGCUCGAUUCACUGAACCACUGGAGAACAGUUGCUUCCAUUAUGGAAUUAACUCAGUGUAUCUCAGGAAGGUUGUCUCCUACUGGAAAAACCAGUUCAAUUGGAAGAAACAAGUUGAAGUCCUCAACAAGUACCCACAAUUCAAAACUAAGAUUCAAGGCAUUGAUAUCCAUUUUGUUCACGUAAAGCCUCCUCGUUUGCCUGAAGGCCAGUCUGCAAAGCCAUUAUUAAUGGUUCAUGGUUGGCCUGGUUCAUUUUAUGAGUUUUACAAAAUCAUCCCUCUCCUGACGGAUCCUGCGAGCCAUGGCCUCAGCGAUGAACACAUUUUUGAAGUCAUUUGCCCAUCUAUCCCUGGCUAUGGUUUCUCAGAAGCACCCCACAAAAAAGACUUUAAUUCUGUAAGUGCCGCUUCCAUUUUCUAUGAAUUGAUGCUCAGACUGGGAUUCAACGAGUUCUACGCACAAGGUGGUGACUGGGGCUGGCUCAUCUGCACCAAUCUGGCCCAGAUAGCUCCCAAACAUAUGAAAGGACUCCAUUUAAAUCUAGCCUCAGUUACGAACAUGGGAUUUAUUCACCUGCUCUCCAUUCUGCUGGGCCGCUAUCUUCCAGGGCUCUUUGGUUUCCAGGAUGAAGAUGUUAGGCGGAUGUUUCCCUUCUUGGAAAAAGGACUUUACAGGAUCUUGCUGGAGUCUGGCUACGCUCAUAUACAGGCUACAAAGCCUGAUACUGUUGGCUGUGGUUUGAAUGACUCUCCUGUAGGACUGGCUGCAUACAUCUUGGAGAAGUUUUCUACAUGGACUGAUCUGGAAUUCCGUAACUUAGAGGAUGGAGGACUAGAGCGGAAGUUUAACCUGGACGAUCUGCUGACCAAUAUCAUGAUCUACUGGGUGUCAGGCUGUAUAGUCUCCUCAAUGCGCUUCUACAAAGAAAAUUUACAGAAGGGGAUAGGCACACAGAAACAUGAAAAGCUGACAGUACAAGUACCUACUGGCAUUGCCUCCUUCCCUAAUGAAAUCAUGCACACACCUCAAUCUUGGGCCCAGAAGAAAUACACCAACAUCAUUUCCUUCCACUUCAUGCCUCGAGGUGGCCACUUUGCAGCUUUGGAGGAACCUAAGCUUCUUGCUGAAGAUAUUCUGCAAUUUGUUGGGAAAGUAGAGAAAAAGCAACUUUAGAGAAAGAAAGGAGAAUAAAUCUAUUAACAGCAGGGUAAUUGCUUAUAGCUUAGCACAUGUUACAGGCCUUAUUAAGUCUACUGUAAUCCAUGUAAUUAGAGCUUAUUCUUGAUCAGAUGAGAGAGGACAAGAAGAAA